AAAAAAUUGUUUGUGAAAUCUGAGUUUCAGAGACCUCUUCAUCUUCUCAUGUUCUUCACUCCUCUUCGUGUCUCUCUCCCCCUGGAGCUCGGUCUCUCUCAUCUCUCUCACCGUGACGUCGCCGUUGCUAUCUGUGUCGUCAUCGUCUUGCACAUAGUCGGGCGCUUUGUUGCGCUCUUCGUCGCCGGCGGCAGAAGCAGCAGGUCUUGGGGCUCGUCGUCUUCUUGCUUCGAGUCUCGCCGUCAGCCUCCUUCGUGCAAUCAGAAGCUGCUUCAUGAUUUGGGAAAAGGGGAUGGAGAGGAGUUGAAAAGCACCGCAAUUCAUUGUCUGUGCCGUCUUCGAGGUCAAGCUGUUGAUGAAUCAGCUCAUCGGCAAGUGGAUGAAAUUCUGGCUGAGCUUAUGUGGGUGAAGAAAAAGAGGUUAUUUUUGGAGAAAUAUUCAGAGAAAAUGCUUGAAAGCCCUUACCAUUGGUGUAGGAUUGGUCUUGUUUCAACAGAUCACAGGGCAACCAAAUGUGCUUCAGUAUGCUGGAUCAAUCCUUCAGAGUGCAGGAUUCUCCACUGCAUCUGAUGCAACCUGAGUCUCUAUUCUCCUUGGUUUUUUCAAGGUCAAUACCAAAGAUUGUGACACUAUUGUAAUUGGAACACAAUUAGGUCUCUUGGGGUGUUUGAGUCCUGUCUCAACUUUUGCAACUGCGUUCAAUGCAAUGAGAGAAAGCAUGGUUGGUUCACUUGGAUUUUGCUACAAUCUGCACCUCCACUUCCACAAGCCCAAUUCAGCGCUGCCUGCAACUCAACGUCGCUGCUUUGCGGAUCAGCUAUGCACCAUUGCUCAUAUUCAGCAAACACCCUUUUUCUUUUCUUGCCCCUUAGUGGUGAAUUUCAAAUUCUGUUAGUGGUCAUGUUCUGCUGUAUCUGAUACAUCUUGAUUUUAGAUCCAUUUCUGGCAUUUGGAGAGCCAUGAAACAAGCAUCGAAAUUGUGCGGAGGCUCAAGCAUCUAUAGAGCAGUCCUGCCACCCUCAACACAGGUAACUGUUGCCCCAACUCACUAUGGUGUAUUUGCUUAUAAGUAACAAGGUGAUUUAUAUUUGUAAAAUAAUCCCAAAUUCACAACAUCUAAAUACAUAUUCGUUAAUGAUCUGGUUCCAUAUUAGUAGCAUUAGUAAGUAUAAUGGCUUCCACAAAAUAUUCAAUAUUCACUGACAAAAUGAAAUAGCAUAGACAAAUGUCAAAGCUUUCACAAACUAUAGAAUAUUAAGUAUUUUUUCGAUUUUUUCGGUUUUUGGUUUAUUCGAUUUUCGGUUUUUUCGGUUUGAUCGAUCGGUUUUAUUCGGUCCGGAUCGGUUUUGAACACUCUAAUUACAAUACAACACACUGUGGGGAAAGGAAUGUAAAUGGCGCCAAAAUCAAACAACGUUGUCCCGGGAAGAGUCACUUUUCUCUCCAUUUUUUUGGGCUUAUGAUUGUCUAUUUUGGCCUGCGUCAGAAUUCA